GUUCACUGUAAACAAAACAAUAGCUCAUACGUAACCACAACAAUGCCGGCCGCAUUUAUUACAGUGCCGCUGCCCUCCUCUCUGCCUCCCUCUUCACCUCUGCACUAAACCCUUCAAAGUUUCUCUUCGCACUUCUUCCUAUAAUCCAACCCGGCUUCCAAAGAAACACAAUGAGACCGUGCCAAUUCUCUCUUUGCGUAAACGUCGUUCCUCCAGGAGUCUUUCUGCUCGCUCUCCAGCUAAACUCAUGACGACCUGAACGUAAUUUGAGAGAUCUGAAAGGAAUUACUGACGAGGAGAGUGGCUGUGAGCUUUGCAUCUUUGACGUCGACCUUCAUCUUCUCCAUCGGCAUCAAGUCAUCGAUCUUUUUGGAUGAGACUACUGGUUCGAUGGACCAGCUGCUCCAUUCUGGGAAGCGAGGAAAGUCUUUGAACUAUAUGCUAUUAGAUAUAGGUCAAAGCUAUCCGGUACUGCCUUACAAGUAAUUUGACGACCUCAACUGGAGCAUCGAUCUCGACUUCGACAACCAAGGAUGCUUUUUGGCCCAUGAUCACGGUGACUUGAAACAGAAUUAGCCUGUGAGUAUCAUUCGUCUAUUAUAAUCUCACGACACAUGCGAGAAUGUUCAUGGAGUAUCUGUGAUAUAUGCACCUCAAGAAGCGGACUUGUCGGACUUUGCCUUGGAGCAGAGUGUCAGCGGAGGUAAGAUAUCGGAUUUCGGGUAAGCUGACAGGAAGAAAUGAGCAAUUUCUCAAAAUGGUAGCUCCUAGCACCUGAGAUCCUGCGAAAGAAUUGGCCAUGCUGCAUAUGUAUCACGAGUUGCGAUGCUCUCCUUGCCUCGUGACCGAAUGGAGGAUUCGGCCAUGGUGACUUGACCUACAUGAUGCGCGAAUCGUUAAUGGGAAGCAUUAUCAGCGCAAAGCUCUUUGCAUACGAAACGAGCCUGAAAUCUUGAUAAUUGCUGGCUAAGUUGUCGAGAUAGUCUAUGUCUCUUGUCAUGCGCUGUGCAAUGUUCAAUUUGGUGGACAAGGAAUCACGGCACGGCAGUUGAUCCAGCUGCGACUCCGGAACCUACGGAAGUAUGUCGAACUACCGACCGCACUUUGCAGCGUUUUUGUUACGCACAUCUCACAGCUUCUCCAGCGAACAAUAUAUUUAUGGUGCAAUUUAGUUUAUGUAGCGGGCAGCUUUUGUGUGGCCUCUCACUACGUUCAGAUUUGGUCGAGCUCGUUCGUGAAUUGCAAGCUCAAGCUUAAUCGGGAUGCGGGGUCAGCGGCCGAUGGCGGCGCGGGGAGGUUCAAGAUGAGAUAACCACCACCGCCUUGAGGCGUGUGCGCUGUGGAAUGGAAUGAGAAGUAACAUUUCACAUGAAAUUACCAAUAAAUCAUCUUAAUUGAGUUUGUUGUGCCGCUACAGUGAUCCACGUGGCUACCGAGAUGCCGCGUUAAACAGAGAGGGGGAGGAACCUUAUCCACCAGAGUCUUACAAGGAAGCUAUAUGCUCAAUGCUACUUAAAUCUUUACGUCGCCAACUCUUCAUGAGCAUUGACCUCUACCAAAUCUACAACAGUCACAAUGGCACCUACGGAACUCACCCCGGAGCUAUCCCAGCUCUUCCAGAGCAUCGAAACCCGCUUCAAAGACACACAUCUAGGCGACGAGCGCUGGUAUCUCCUCGUCAUCGCCUGUCUUUCCGCCAGUCCCGAUCCCGAAUCUGCAGCAGCUCUAUACCAAUACCUCACCCGCCAGGAAGUCUACCAGAGCAGCGGAUCGCGUCAAGCUCUCGUACGACGGCUUCGCGAAGCCCUCAUCAAGACCACCAUCCUCGUGGGCGUGUGCAAGCCCCUCGAAGCCAUCCUGUCAAUCAUGAAGGUAGAGAAGCCCGAGGACCGAGACUUUAGCCAAACGCGCGACGGAUGGCAGGCUGAUCAAGCAAACCACGACCGCGGAAUCGAUUGGUUCAAGAAAGUGUAUACUCGAAACGCGGGGGAUACGAUGGGAUUGUUUGACGCGCACAAGGAUUUCGCAUGGGUCUCGGCGGAGAUCACAUAUGGAUUGUUUCUAUCGGAUCGGCAAGUCUUGGACGAUACGGACACGCAGCUUGUGGUGCUGCCGGUGAUCAUGAGCCAGAAUCUCCCGCUGGAGACGCAUUGGCAUAUUCGGGGAACGCGGCGAAUUGGGGUGUCGAAGGAGGAUGUUCAAGUCAUUUGGGAUAGUGUCAAGGAAGUGUCAAAGUUCUUUGGGGUCGAAUUGCACAAGGUGCCGACGGUGGACGAGGUUGAGCCUGAUGUGUAGACUGGAACAGACAUCGACGUCAUGGAAUAGAUCAAUAUAUACAAGGAAAAAUAGAUCAAUCAUGGACCAGUACAUCACAUUGCAC